AUGCGGGUGGGAUUUCGCUCACUUGUGCAGCCGCUACGGCGGCGUCUGUGCAACGCCAGCGGCUCUCCCCGACAUGUACUGCGCUGGUGUGCCACCUCACCCUCUUCGUCGAGCAACAACCCCUCCGAAACGACUGCGAAGAUGACAGAAAAGGAUGCCUCAGAUGCCAGCAUGCCAAUUUCGACCUCGUGCUUGCUGAAGUACAGCAUUGAGCCCUCCGCGGCAACGAUGGGGGUGCCACGACCGCCGCAUGAGGAGAAGGCGUGCCGCGCCCUUGCCAAGCUUGCCUCAUUCCCACCCUCGAGGAUUCGAAACUUUGCCGUUGUUGCGCACGUGGAUCACGGCAAGACUACACUGAGCGACGCAAUCCUGCGCCGCACCGGUGUGCUGAGUGGGUCACAGGUGGGGACGUACACGGACCGGCUCCUGGUGGAGCGUGAGCGGGGCAUAACCAUCAAGGCGCAGACGUGCUCUAUUUUCGUCGUACACAAUGGGGAGGAGUUUCUGCUCAACCUUAUUGACACUCCUGGGCACGUGGACUUUCAGUACGAAGUCUCACGAAGUUUAAGUGCCUCAGAGGCGGCACUCUUGCUUGUUGACGUUGCCCAGGGCAUCGAGGCCCAAACAAUGGCGCACUUCCAUACGGCGUUAGAGCGGGGCUUGACCAUCAUUCCUGUGCUCACCAAAAUGGACACCGUGCUCAGCGACGCCCCCGUGGAUCGUGCGCUGCAGGAGCUGGAGGACUCCACCGGAUUGCUGCGCCGCGAGGUCCUCUUCACAAGCGCAAAGGGGCAGCUCGGCGUGGAGAAGCUUCUUUGCGCCGUUAUCGAGCGCGUCCCUCCACCAUCUGGUCUGGUAGGGCUCUCUGACGCGCGUCAACUCCCACCACUUCUGCUCGGCAGCGCAGAGCGAGCUGCGAUGGAGGAGAAGAUGGUGCCGCUGCGUGCGUUGUUGUUUGACUCGUGGACCUCCGAGUGUGGCGGGGGCCUGCGCCGUCCGACGCCGCGAGGCGGUGAAAAAGAAAAUAGUGGCAACUCUAGUGACGAGAGUGUGACGUGUCUUAUCCGUGUCAUUGACGGGACACUGACAGCCAAAACUGUGGUGACGUUUUACCACUCGCAGCGGCGGUGUGAGGCGCUGGAGGUGGGCCUCAUUCAUCCCGAGCUCCGGACCACGGCGGCGCUCACAGCAGGCAUGGUAGGAUACGUCACCUUUUCAAAGUUGAGCCGUGAGGACUUUUCUGUGGGUGAGACGCUUUACACGCUACCCACUCGCGCGUUUACACGGGAUAAUAUAGUUCCUGUAGCCGGCUUUAAACGGGUGCAUCCGGUGGUUUUUGCUGGUUUUUACCCUGACGAAGGAGAGUACAUUACUCAGCUGCGGGAGGCAGUUGAAAAGCUGCGCGUUAAUGAGCCGGCCGUCACGAUGGAGCCGUUGGAUUGCCCGGCACUAGGGGCAGGACUGCAGCUUGGAUUUCUGGGUAUGCUGCACAUGCAGGUGUUCCAGGAACGUCUUCUUGCCGAGUUUGGUCAACAAGUUCUCGUGACGCCACCACUGGUGCAGUACAAAUACCGCGAGGCAGGCAUGGGUGAGGAUGCGCCAUUGAAGCCUCUGACCGUACAUACAUGGAGGUGGUUGCACGAAGGUGUGGCGUGCUACUUGGAACCGUACGUUACCGCCACUAUUCUUACCCCGCGGGAGCACUUUCAGGCGAUUGAUGCUGAGGCACUGCGACGGUUUCGCGGGGAGCAGCUCGAUAUGCGCGUGCUGGAUGACGCACGGGUUCUCGUGAGAUACAAAAUGCCUCUGGCAGACCUUGUCCGUGGAUUCUUUGGUGUGGUCAAGAGUGCCUCACACGGCUAUGCCUCGCUUGACUACGAUGACCCCGUCUACGAGGAGGCCGACCUCGUGAAGGUGGACGUGCUGGUUCAGAAGUCACGUGUGUCUGCGCUCUCUGUCAUCUGUCCGAGGUCGGAGGCCUCCGCCAUUGGCAAGCGUAUUGUGUCAAGCCUCAAGUCGAACCUCACACGCAGCGCCGUUGACAUCCCGCUGCAGGCAAUGAUAGGGGCAAAAAUUGUCGCCCGUGAAACGGUGAGGGCGUACCGCAAGGACGUCACGGCAAAAAUUCACGCGGGUGACAUUUCACGCAAGCAGAAAAAGUGGAAUGAUCAAAAAAAAGGAAAAGAGCGCAUGGCGCGCCGCACAGUGGGCACAGUUACCCUCGAUCAAUCCGUUCUGGCCGCGGCCAUGGGUGCGACGUCGCUGUAA